AUGCGGUCUGAUAGCUCGCCCUUCUACUCCCCGGUUGCUUCUCCUGUCAUGUCUCCACAACGCUCAACGUCGCCUCAACCCCCUCGUUCUCGAACCCAGAACACAGCAAAGCCAAAGCCCAUGCAGGGCUUCCAUCUCGGCAACUUGCCCCGAUUCCAUCCUGCUGUUUACCAGCCCAAUGCCACUACGUCCACCACGGGACCUCCUUCUCCACGGCAAUCCCGGCAACCCACUUACCGUACUUCUGCCAGCUCACGGGACAUGAUUUGGCAGUACCGCGAGUUCAUGGAGAAUACCCAUCAAGGUCCCUCGGCGCCCCGUCUGGAUCCGUUGGUUAGUCCUGGCCCCGUCACUCCACUGGCAUUGGAGGCGGGUGACUACCUCACCAGUGGCUUGGUGAACAACACAUCCGAACGGACCCCGCGAGAUGUCCCAAAGAACUCCGGACCCCCGCCUGAACUUGUUGAGAAAUUGAUUGCCUACGAAGAGAAGGCUCAAAAGGCUCGCAAGGCUGCCAAGGGCCGUUGA